AUGAAGAAACGUUACGUUCAUUUAAACCUAGCUCUCCUUCUAUUACCUCUAAUUAAUCUUCUGUUACCGCCAUUAUCUCUGGCUCAAGACUACGGCGACGAUGCCUCGAAGAAGUUCACUCCCACGCCAGGUAUGCUCCGUUGCAACGGAGUUUACAUGUCUUACACUUCCGGCGACCGGGAAAAGCUAUAUCCUCGCACCAACAACGUGACGGCUCAAGCCUGGACGUUCAAAUCAACGGCCAUGAUCGUGAACACCGGUAUCGAAGAAGUCAAAGGUUGGCAAAUGUUCGUAGGGUAUACCCACAGAGAUAUCAUCGUUUCCGCAACCGGAGCAGUCUCAUCGGACGGUGAAUUUCCUUACGACGCAAGCAACGGCACAACGUUUAUUGGGUCUCCGAAUACAGAUCUGAAGACCUCGAUCGAAACAGCUGGUGAUGAAGCUCAGAUCUCGACCAAUAUCGAGAUAACCGGAACGCAAUUCGGCGGUAGAGGUACGGUUACGCCAUUGCCUAAAACCAUCGAACUCACAAACGAUGGAUGGGAAUGCCCUAAACCUACUUCAAAAGGCGGUACAAUGGAAGUUUGCUGUAGGAGAAACCCAAAGUUUAAAGCCAAAGCAAAAACAAAAACAAAGUUCUCGCGUAGACAACGUGGAGACCUGAACAUAAUCUAUGAUGUUCUUCAAGCAUACACUAGCAACUACAUGGCUCAAGUAACUAUAGACAACAAUAGUCCGUUGGGAAGGUUAGACCAUUGGAACUUGACAUUUGAGUGGAUGCGAGGCGAGUUUAUCCACUCGAUGCGUGGAGCUUACGCUGCGGAGAAGAACCCGUCGGUAUGCUUGCACAGCAAGGCAGGUCAGUUCUACGGUGAUAUGGAUUUCUCUCAGGUCGCUACUUGCGAGAAGAAACCGAUUAUCAAAGAUAUGCCAGCUGAGCGUAAAGAAGAUAAUCUCACCGGGAAAUUGCCUUUCUGCUGCAAGAAUGGCACUCUCUUGCCCGCUCUCAUGGAUCCUUCUAAAUCCAGAGCCGUUUUCCAGUUACAGGUAUACAAGGUGCCACCAGAUCAAAACAGGACAGCAUUUUUUCCUCCAUUAAAUUGGAAAAUCGACGGUAUAGUCAAUCCGCAGUACAAAUGCGGACCACCUAUACGUGUAGACCCGACCGGUUUCCCAGACGCGACCGGUCUCCAAGCCACAACCUACGCAGUCGCAAGCUGGCAAGUCGAGUGCAACAUAACAAAACCUAAACCAAAAGCUGCACGUUGCUGCGUCUCUUACUCAGCCUUCUACAACGACUCAGCCAUUCCAUGCAACGCUUGUGCUUGUGGUUGCAAGGACAUCGACACCGACACAUGCAACGCCAACGCAAGACAGCUUCUACUCCCUCCCGACACGCUCUUGGUGCCGUUUGAUAACAGAACGCUCAAGGCAAAAGUAUGGGCCAAGCAGAAGAAAAUGCCUGUUCCGAAGAAACUUCCUUGUCCUGACACCUGCGGGAUCAGCUUAAACUGGCAUUUAAACUCAGAUUACAAUGAUGGUUGGUCGGCAAGAGUAACGGUGUUUAAUUGGGGAGAUAAUGCGGUGGAGGAUUGGUUUGCGGCUGUGGAUUUGGGAAAAGCUGGUUUAGGGUAUGAGAAUGUUUACUCUUUUAAUGGGUCAAGAGUUCCACCAAAGAACCAGACCAUUUUCUUUCAAGGGCUUCGUGGUAUGAACUACUUGAUCGGUCUCACAAACGGGUCGCAUCCUACGAGAGACCCCAAGGUUCCGGGGAAAAUGCAGUCGGUUAUAUCGUUUAAAAAAAAGAGGAAUUUGGGGAAUUUGAAUAUCCCUGGAGGAGAUGGUUUUCCUAAGAGAGUUUUCUUUAAUGGAGAAGAAUGUGAGCUUCCUAAGUUUUUCCCUAAAAAGAGCUCCGGGAAGAGAUUGUCCGGUUUCCGGUUCUUGCCCUCGAUUCUUCUCGUGGUCACAACAUUUCUUGCGAUCACGGAUCGGUUUAUAAUAUAA